AUGCCAACGCUGACCUUUCGUAUCGUCGAGAGUGACGAAGCAGCUUCGCUCAGCCCACACGCGAUAUGGAACCACUUCAGAAAGAGGAUCCUUUGGGACCAUAGGCCUUACUAUGGCAUCUUGGAAUUUAUCUUCCUCCUCCUCUUCGUUACUGGGUUACACUCCAACCUACGGCUGACGCUAAUUGGGUUGUUUCCGAUAGUCGCUCUUGCCCCACUACACUGGUACAGCAACCAACGCGAUUCCACCCACUUCAUGACGCGUACCCGGUCUCAUCUCGCGGUCUUGAUCCCGCUAACAUGUCUUAUACCUGCAAUCCAAAUCUACCUCCUCUUCUAUCCCGUCUUCUGUGCCGAUCCCGACUGGUGUCCGUAUGAUGAUGAGGAAUUGUGGGUGUUCACCACAAUACUGCUAUGGCUCACCCUCCCUAUAUUGGUCUUCACUCUCUUCGUGCUUUAUCGCACUUCACACAACCCUAGAAAGGAGCCGACGCUAAAGGAGCUCCCGUCGCCCAUCAACGUCGGUGAGAAUGACGGACGACGGACGUGGAUUGACGCCAAUGUGGCUGAUGGUCUGGAAGACGAUUCGCCAGAGGAAGAAGGGAAGGUUAGGUUGGCGUGA